AUGGAGGAGUUCCGGCACUCCUACAGCCGGCUGUGCAAGGAAAGUGGGUCUGAGCCCCAGGAAACUGUCCUGCAGCAACUGCAGGAGCUGCCACGGGGCCGGCUGGACCUGGCCACCCAGAGCCUGACCGUGGACACCUGCAGGGCCUUGGGCAAGCUGCUGCAGAAGGAGGUACUGCUGACGGAGCUCAUCCUGAGUGACUGCAUGCUCAGCGAGGAAGGAGCUACACUGCUGCUUCAGGGGCUGUGUGCCCACACCGUCGUGCGGUUUCUGGAUCUAAAGGGCAAUAACCUUCAAGCUGCAGGUGCUGAGGCUCUGGGACAACUCCUCCGGCAGAACAAGUCCAUUCAGAGCCUCACCCUGGAGUGGAACAACCUGGGCACGUGGGAAGAUGCCUUCGCCACCUUCUGCGGAGCCCUGGCGGGCAAUGGCACCCUUCGGCAGCUGGACCUCCGCAACAACCAGAUCAGCCACAAGGGCGCGGAGGAGCUGGCCUUGGCCCUGACAUGCAACGCCAGCCUCCAGCAGCUGGACCUGCGCUGGAAUAGCAUCGGCCUCCUGGGGGGCCGGGCCCUGGUGAACUCUCUCCCCCGCAACAGAACCCUGUGGAGGCUGGAGCUGGCUGGGAAUAACGUCCCAGGCGACAUCCUCAGAGCUGUGGAGCAAGCAAUGGACCACAACCAGGAGCGGCAGACCACUUCCCGAGAGAACCAGGCCCGCACCCAUGUGCUCAGCAAGGAGGUAAAACACCUCCAGGAAGAGAAAUCCAGGCAGUUUCUGGACUUGAUGGAGACGAUUGAUAAGCAGCGAAAAGAGAUGGCCAGGAGCAGCAGGGCAUCGGCAGCAUGUGUGGGGCAGCUUCAGGAAGCCCUGAAUGAGAGACAUUCCAUCAUCAAUGCCCUCAAGGCCAAGCUGCAGAUGGCCGAGGCCGCCCUGGCCCUGUCGGAGCAAAAGGCCCAGGGCCUGGGGGAGCUCUUGGCUACCGCGGAGCAGGAACAGCGAAACUUGGCGCAGAGGCAGGCAAAGGAGCACAGGAUGGAGCAGCAGGAGGCUGCAGAGCGGGAGUUUAAGCUCCUCAGAGACUUAUCUGCUGCCAACGAGAAGAACCUGCUUCUGCAAAACCAGGUGGACGAGUUGGAGCGGAAGGUGAGAGCUCAGCAGGAGCAGCUGUUCCUGGCCAGGCAGGAGCUGAGCAACACAACGGCGGAGCUGAAGAUGCGGGCCAACCAGGCCGAGGAGCGUCUGGAACUGGAGAAGAAAAGGUCCCGACAGAGCUUGGAGGACUUGGAGCAGCUGCGAGCCAAGGAGGUGGAGCACAUGACUCGUCACCUGGAAGAGAGCGAGAGGGCCAUGCAGGAGAGGGUACAGAGGCUGGAGGCCUCGCGGCUGUCCCUGGAGGAGGAGCUGAGCCGAGUGAAGGCGGCGGCUCUCAGUGAGCGUGGCCAGGCUGAGGAGGAGCUCAUUAAGGCCAAGAACCAAGUCCGUCUGGAGGAGCGGCAGCAUCUGGCUCACCUGGAAGAGAAGCUGCGGCUGCAGGCCCAGGCUCGGGACGAGGCUCAGAGCGCCUGCCUGCAGCAGAGGCAGACAGUGGCCGAGGCCCAGGCCCGGGCCAGCCAGCUGGGCCUGCAGGUGGAAGGCCUGAGACGGCGCCUGGAGGAGCUGCAGCAGGAACUGAGCAACAAGGACCAAGAAAAGGUGGCUGAGGUGACCAGGGUGCGGGUGGAGCUGCACGAGCAGAAUGGCCGCCUGCAGGCGGAACUGACGGCCCAGGAGGCCCUGAAAGAGAAGGUGGCGGCCCUGGAGCGUCGGCUGAAAGUGAUCGCAGGUGACCACCGGGAGGCGCUGCUGGACAGGGAGAGUGAGAACGCCUCUCUCCGGGAGAAGCUUCGGCUCAAGGAGGCCGAGAUCGCCCGGAUCCGGGAGGAGGAGGCCCAGAGGGCCGGCUUCCUGCAAAAUGCUGUCCUGGCUUAUGUGCAGGGGUCUCCUCUGAGGGCUGUGAACCCCCAGAAGUGA